GGUACUAGUGCAAAUGAUCUGCACUUUCAUGCCUUCUUGCUGGAAGGUGUGGCAAGAUGGAACCGAGACAGAGAAGUGGCAGCAGUUACGGAAGCUAAUUCAGCCCUCACAUAUGACUCUGCACUGACUUCUGCUGUGAAUAAACUAAGUGAAAAUGUGCUAGGGAAAAAGCCGUUUGGAAACUUCAGAGGACCAAAUAAGUAUACAGGUAAUUGCAAAAUAUUCCAUUUAUUUUUUUACUGUGAGAUUCCCAAUAAUAUUCACAUCCCAGGACAAGUUAUUGGAAUUUACAAGAGGAAGGGAGUGUUAAAGGUCAAAGUGUCUUAUUUAUAUUAAAAAUUAUCACAUAUUCAAAUUAUUUAAGUUAAUAUAAAAGUUUAUAUCUACGUAUUAUAUAUGGUUUUUCCCCACAGGAGAGCUUACAGGUGUGGAGUACUUGUAUGCUCAGACUGGUCAAGUGCUACAGAGAGCCAGCUCUGACAAGGACAAUGAAACAUCUCUGCAGGUUCCAGAUGGGGAUUAUGAAGAUGAAGGGUUUCAGGUUAGUAUUAUUACAUACCACUUGAAUACACUAAGGAAUGUUACACCACACCUUAUUUAAUCCAUAAAUCAGACAUAAGCUCUAAUAAAAGUGAAAAUAGAAAAUAAUAAAAAAAUUAAUACAUGAUACUUAUCUACCUGCUCAGACUAGUUGUUCAUUAAGAAUUGCCCUAAAUUCCUUACAGUGGAAUCACCGAAUUCGAAACCUGAGAAGCUAAAUGAUUGAUCUAUCCAAUCACAAUUAGGGGCUUUGAAUUGACUAAAGUGUUAUCCGCUGGGUCUACAGGAUGUGACCACAGACUCUGAAGAUCCUACUGUGGCCUACACUGGUAACCACCCUGUUCCUGAAACUGUUACAGAGCCAACAGGAGAUUCUGGAGAGGACGAUUCUGUGGGCCCAAGGAACAUCCCUGGCUAUGACAGGGUAACUGCAUUAGCCGACUUUCUUGUAAACUUGAGGGAUUGCAAUGGAGCUCUAUCAAACCAAGAAGCUUCUCAGCUGGUGGCACUUUGGAAGAACAUGAGCGAGUAUGACAGAAAACCCAUUACCUUUAAUCCACGACACCAGCCACAACUCACACAGGGGAGGUUUAAAGCUGCUAAGAAAUCCACAGUAGUUCCUGGUGCAAGUAGCACAAAGAGAUGUUUCUUGGGGCAGAACAGUGGACCAGCUUCAUGGCCUGACUGCAACCGAUACAUGGAAGCAGUGAUUAUAAAGCUUACCCACAUUUUCCCCUCACCAGUACGAAGAGGUGGCAACACGACAUUGCGGUGGACACUGAUUGGAAAUGCAUACAAGAAAAUCAGAGAAGCUGUCCUUAAUAAUGCAUACGUAAUGCAGCAGACUGGCAUUCAACUUGCUGAAAUAAACCAAAGGACGUUGAUUCAGUGGUAAGUUACAAUAACAAACCUUGAAGACGUUUAUUCCCUUAUAUGAACAAUUUAAAGAAAACAUAAUCUUAUGGAAAAAAAAUGAUUCAAUCAGAAUUCAUCAGAACACAAUCGAAAAUAAGUACUUCAUUUUUCAGUCUGGGAGGUUCUAAUUGAGUUCUUGAGGUCAGUAUUCCUGAUUGCCUUUCAGGUACAACAAGCGUUCAAGAAAACAGGAGGAGGACGUCCUCAAACAAGGUAUUAAUCUACCUGCUCCAGUGGCAUCCACGAAUACUACAUUGCCACAGCCGAGAGAGCGUCCAGAGUCCCUUAACACAGGUGUCAACCAAGAGAAACAUACCUUUGAUCUGCCAGUCAACACAGCAGGCCAAGCAUCUGUAAGAAGGGUAAUCAGGCCGUCAGUAUUGCCCAAAUUACCUCAGUUGCCUUCAGCAAAUGUGAUGGUCGUGAGCCCCUCCGGGCCUGUAACCGCAACCCCUGUUGCAAUUGCAGUACCUGCAGUACCAAUUCCUGCUAGCACCCAAAGUUACAGGAAGAGAAAAGAGGAGGAGGCAAAAGCAUCUGCAGUGCCACUAAAAAAGUACAGGCCAAGAACUGGGGCCUCUCAAUGUUCAAAAUGUCAGAAGGAUAGAACAUCUGCCACAGGACACCAUCAGUACUUUGGUAACUGGUUUUGCCCCCAAACUGCAACAGAAACCUACGAGGGUUGGAGAGCUCGCUUACAAACAGAAAAAGAAUAUAAAAAGAAAACAUAA